ACUUGUUCUCUAUUCCAUAGGUAAACACAAGAGAUGAAACAUUACAGUGGACUCACACUUGACUGCUGAUUGGUAAGGCACAGUGACAAACAAAGGGAUUUGUAGAGCUGGAAGUGAGAAAUCACCUGCUGGUUAAAGUUCCCGGGUCAACCCACCAAAUACACUUCACUCCAGGAGCUAAGGCCGGUUGAGAAGCUUCUAGAGAUCAUCGGAAAAGUUUGACACCUGUCUUGAGAAGAACAUUCCUGCUGUAACCAUGCAAUGGAAACGACGCCACUGCUGUUCGUACACAGCAACUCUCUUCUAUCUCCUCUCAUUUCUGGGUGUACUGCUCUUUUUGGGUCAGCCUAGGCUCACAGGUAUGCCGUGGCCCAGACACCAUCCUGUGGUAUACAAAGGUGGUGAGCUUGGUACCACUAAAGCCAAACUGAACAUUAGCACCAAAACGUCAGGGUGGAGGCUGGUCAUUUCUCCUCAGUCCACUGUUGCAAACAUCAGCACACAUGAGAAGGAAGUUGCCCCCUCACCUCAAGGUGAGCCAAAUGUUGAGAACACUUUGUCGGUCAGUGAAGAGGGAGAACACAGAGGCAAUAUUACCCCUGGGCCUUACACUUAUUUCAUCAACGAGCCAGACAAAUGUACAGAGAGCAGAUCUUCACCAUUUCUUGUGUUGCUAAUAACCACUGAGGCUCGGCAGGUGGAGGCAAGAAAUGCCAUUCGACAAACAUGGGCCAAUGAGAGCGUGGCUCCAACUCUGGGAUUAAUUCGGCUUUUUCUGCUGGGAAGAAAUAACGGAGAGCUGGGACUAUUACAGCAGAAGAUGCUUGAAGCAGAGAGUCACAGGUAUCACGAUAUCAUCCAGCAGGACUUCAGAGAUACCUACAACAACCUGACCAUUAAGACUUUGAUGGGAUUGAACUGGGUGGCAAUAUACUGCCCACAAGCCAGCUAUGUCAUGAAGACGGACAGCGACAUGUUUGUCAACACGGAGUACCUCAUUUACAAGCUACUCCGGCCAGAAAUGAAGCCUAAAACAAACUUUUUCACGGGCAAUAACAUGAGAAACUUUUCACCAAUUAGAAAUAAAAACAGCAAGUGGUACAUGCCUCCUGAACUGUAUCCAGGUGACAGGUACCCCCCCUUCUGUUCUGGGACUGGUUACGUCUUCUCAGGAGACUUGGCGACAAAUAUCUAUCGAAAAUCGCUCAGUAUCCCUCGCCUUCAUUUGGAGGAUGUUUAUGUGGGAAUAUGCCUGGCCAAGCUUGGUAUAGAGCCGGCUCCUCCAUCCAAUGCAUUCCUAUUCAACCACUGGCGGGUGUCUUAUUCCAGCUGCAAGUACUCCCACCUUAUUACAUCACAUGGCUUUCAUCCUAAUGAAAUACUCAAAUACUGGAAUGACCUGCAGCGCACCAAAAAAAAAUGCCUGCUUCAACAGGAGUAGAGGGAGAACAGGCAGGAUACAUAGAAACAAACACAACAAAGAGAACGAGGCUCAUUAAGCUAUGUAGUUAAAGUCAGAUUCUGCUUGACACAAUUGAUUUACAUCUCAGCACUAGUUUGCAUGUGCAGAUGAAGGAUGGAGUCUACUGUAAUGGUGCACUGAAAACCCCUCUGGGCCACUAGUUUUCAAAGAUCAUUGGCCCAACCAUUGUAGCCGCUGUCCCAGGAACGUUACUUUUGAUUUGAAAAAUAACAGUCACCAAUUUAAUCUUGAACCAUUCUGAUGCAAGAUUAAAUUACAUCUUUUAUCUAAUUAAUUGAGCUCUAGUUAUAUCAAAUAUUUUGUAUUUUUCUUAUAUCUACAUGCCCAUGUUUAUUCACCAUGCUGGUAACUGUAAGAGUCUACUAAAUCUGAUUGAUAUUAAUAUGAGGCUGUGAUAGAUCUGGAAUUGUUACGAUCACCUUUCUCUCCUUCUUUCUUCUCUGUGAGAAACUCUUCAUCCUUAGAUCUUUACUUUAGAGCUUUCUUAAGGGCUAAGAUGUUUUGUGAAUAACUUCCAUUUUUACCAGGAUCUAGUCUUUAACUUUAAGGGGAAAUUUAGCUGCAGCGUGUUCCAGCUCCUCCAGCUGUCUGUCACUGCGGCCGAAACUUUUGUCCGUUCUGUUUUCGUCAUGCCCAGCUGUCACUCUCGACUCUUCCGGAGAUUUUUUUCCCUUUGAAUGAUGAUUUAAGAUCGGCUUUUGUCGGGAUCUGAUGGUUUUAAAACCGUUUUACCAAACGUAUUUUAAGAGAAAUCUGUGUGCGAGUGUACAAUUCGGGAGGGACAGCAGUAAAGCCUUCGGCUGCCUCUCAACCAUGACACACAUGCACGCGUGCUUGAUAUGUUGAUGCUGUCGCAGUUAUUAGCACGACGUUUAAAAAUAAUUACUGAUAAAACACCAGUUUGACAGAAUAGCGCUGUGAAAUUGAGAACAUGUUAGUCUAUUUUUUUCAGGCAGUAUUUUAAUUGGCCCGAGCGGGCCAGCUGAACAUGCAAUCAGGUGGCCCGGACUCUUUAGUUAUAAUGUUGUGAACUUUUCCCGAGCCACUGUCAGAGGGCUGAACGUUAAGUCCGAAAGUAGGAAGGGAUUUCCAUUUGAAAGCAAAAAAAUUAGCUUAGAGUCCCAAAUAAUAAAAAGUAUGAUAACUUGAUUGAAAUUUAUGUUUAAAAAAAUAAAUUAAAAAAAUCUGAUUUUAUUUUACCAAUAUCUUAAAAUAUACCCUAAGCUUAUAAGAUAUUGCAAUGUAUGUGUUUCCCCAGAGUGUAGCUAUACAACUUAACAAAAAGUCUGCAUAAAUGUUUGUAGAAGGAGGAGGUGCUCUAGAGCGAUUCUCAAUUUUUUUUGUUCAAAAGAGAACAUCUUUGUCCAUUACAAAUCAUUUGAGAAUCUAUGUACAUGUAUAAAUAAGGAUAAUCUACUUUGUUUAAAGAUCCUUAUUUUGAAAUGAUUUGAUAUCUUAGGUAUUUUAGGAAGAUGAUGUGAUGAUUCAAAUGCUGUUGUGCCAAUAAAACAUUUUGUUAAGUGAA